AAAUCCAGUUUUGUAAAAUUUGGGGGUUUUAAUUUUUGUCGAUUUUCUCUCUCCUCGAAUUUGAUUUUCUCUCUCCUCAAUUUCUGGGUAGAUCGGCGAUAUUCUCUCCCAUCGAUUUUCUCUCUAUACACUCGGGGUUUUCUCUGUCUAUCUGUAUCUCUCUCUUGUUUUUGGAUCUGGAGAUUUUCAGCCAGCUUCAAUCGGAUCGAUUUAUUAGGGUUUUUGCUAUUUAUAUAUUUAUAUAAAUAUAAAGUUGGGAGUUUAUUGCAAACCCUAGUCCAGCGAUAAUUUUGGGGGAAACAACCAAGAGAAAAGCUAACUUUGAUUAUUUUCUGGGGAAGAUAAGAUCGAAUUUGAAAAUCGGAAUCUGGAGGUGUUACUGAGAGGUUUGCAGGUAUCGAAAUUGGUUAGAAGUUAGGGUUUAAAUUGAUGUUAGAGAUUGUGGAACUGGAGCUGAUUUUGGGGGUUUAUGUAAGUUGAAUUUGUGUGAAUUAGGGUUUUUGUUGGAGAAAUUAGGGUUGGAAUUGAUGUUGGAAGCGGAAGAAGGGGAAAAUGCAAGGGUAUUAUGCAUGGACGGGAAAAUAGCAAAUUGAGUCGGCACAUGUGGACAGUCUCUCCGACGACGAAGACUGUAGUAGGUGUUAUUGAUUCAAAUGGUUCUUCAGCUUCUUGUUUAUUGAAGGACGGUCGUAAGAUUAGUGUUGGUGACUGUGCCCUUUUUAAGCCAGCCGAAGACUCUCCACCUUUUGUAGGUAUAAUUCGUUGUUGGUCAUCUGAAAGAGAAAGUAAUUUAACGCUCCGUGUGAAUUGGCUUUAUCGACCUGCUGAAGUUAAACUUUUGAAAGGCGUUGCGCUUGAAGCUGCGCCGAACGAAGUUUUCUACUCAUUCCACAGUGAUGAGAUUCCUGCUGCAUCAUUACUUCACCCGUGUAAAGUUGCAUUUUUGCCUAAAGGUGUUGAACUUCCACCAGGGGUUUCUUCUUUUGUGUGUCGGCGAGUUUAUGAUAUUACAAACAAGUGUCUGUGGUGGCUGACUGAUCAGGAUUAUAUUGAUGGUCGGCAGGAAGAAGUAUAUCAACUCUUGCAUAAAACACGUAUAGAAAUGCAUGUAUCGGUAGAACAGCAAGGUCCUCGUUCUCCGAGACCAGUGAAUGGUUCAGCAGCAACAUCUCCAUUGAAACAUAGUCCGGAUAGUGUGCAGAAUAGCAGCUCUAACUUCUCUUCUCAUAAAAAGGGGAAGAAGAGAGAACGAGGUGAUCAAUCUUUUGAUGGCAUUAAACGAGAACGAUCCUCGAGACCAGAUGAUGGAGACUCUGGUCAGUUGAGAUCAGAAAGCAUGUUGAACUCAGAAAUUGCUAAAUUUUCUGAGAAAGGGGGACUUUUUGAUUCUGAAGCUGUAGUAAGGCUGGUGCGACUCAUGCAGCCGGAGAAAUGUGAGAAAAAGAUGGACUUGGCAGGGAGAUCCAUGCUCGCUAGUAUUAUUGCUGCUACUGAUAAGCUUGAUUGUCUUAAUCAGUUUGUUCAGCUUAGAGGCUUGCAUGUAUUAAAUGAAUGGCUCCAGGAAGUUCACAAGGGUAAAUUUGGUGAUUCAGGAAAUCUAAAACACAGUGAAAAGUCUGUGGAUGAUUUCCUCUUGGUUUUACUUCGUGCACUUGAUAAGGUUCCUGUGAACCUUAAUGCUUUACAGAUGUGUAACAUUGGCAAAUCUGUUAAUCAUUUACGGUCGCACAAAAACUCUGAAAUUCAGAAGAAAGCGAGGAGUUUGGUUGACACAUGGAAGAAACGCGUGGAAGCUGAAAUGAACGUCAAUGAAGUGAAACCUGGUUCAAGUCAGUCUGUUCCGUGGUCAGGUAGAUCACAGCAUGACCAUUCUCAUGGUGGUAAUAGGAACCCUAGUGGAUCCGAUGCGGCGAUUAGGAGUUCUGUCACGCAUCACUCUGCCUUGAAAUCUGCUUCAGUGAAAUUUGUUCAAGGGGAUUCUACUUCCAAACCUCCAUCUUCACAUCCUGGGGGUGUACGAUCGACAUUGUCUCCUACUUCAGCUAUUGAUAACCAUAAGGAUGGACAGUCCAGGAUAAAUGCUAAUGGUGGAAAUUCUGAGCCUCAGCCAGGGACAAGGGAAGAAAAAAGCAGCAGUUCUAGCCAAUCCCAUACAAACAGUCAGUGUUCUAGCGACCCUGCUAAAAUUAUGGUUAUGUGUGGAAAAGAAGACACUAGGGGGUCUACGUCUGGGUCUAAGAGUUUGAAUAAAGCUGUAGGCAGUAGUUCCAAGCACCGUAAGCAAGCUAAUAGUCCUUCAAGUCUUCACAGAGAAACUGCAUUAAAUAAAAGCUCAUCCAUGGCCAGAAAUUCCGCUGUAGAGAAGGUAUCGCAUAGCGCUAUUGAUGCUUAUGUUCCAGAAAGCAACAAUCAUAAACUUAUUGUCAAGAUCCCCAACCGAGGCCGAGGUCCUGCGCAAAGCAAUACUGGAGGCUCUUUGGAGGAUUCUUCCUGCAAAAAUAGUAGAGCUUCUUCUCCUGAACUUUCAGAAAAGCACGAUCAGUCAGAUACCUCUGCGAGGGGUAAUAAACACGAUUGUCACCAAUUUCAUGAGCCCGAUGGAUCUUUAAGUUCCGCACACCAACGAACCAGUGAUAUGAGAAGAUUGCCAAAUGGCUCAAAGAUUCCUUGCUCACCCUCCAGCAAUGAAAUUAAGUCAAGUAAAGUGCAUGAUUCUUCUUUCAGCUCUAUGAAUGCGUUAAUUGAAAGCUGUGCUAAGUUGUCUGAAGCUAACGCUCCAAUGUUAGCUGGGGAUGAUGUUGGAAUGAAUCUGCUUGCCAGUGUAGCUGCUGGAGAAAUACCUAAGACUGGUAUUGUCUCACCUGCUGCCUCUCCGAACAGAAACACCAAAAUGGCCGAAAACUCCAGUAGCAGUCAUGUUGGAAAUCCAAAACAGCUGCAUGGUGAUGAUGUUGUUCAACAAGGUCAUUCAACCAUGGAUGUUAGCUCUGACCAUCAUAUUAAUGCUGCAGGUGUUCUAAAAGCCAGCGGAGAAAUCAGCAAACUGGGUGGUGUUAAAAAUGAGAAUUUACAUCGGAAUGCGGAAGGCUGCCUGAAGAACAAUGGGAUAUUGGAGGAAAAACGUGGUACUGUUUCUUCUCCUGCCGCUGUUGCUUGCACUACAGGAAGGAGUAUGGGUGAUCUUGGUGUUGAAACUACAAACAGAAAAAUUGAAGAUAAGGUUAAGGUUGUGAAUGAGCUUCCAGUUGCAAGUCAGGGACUUGUUCCCUUGGAAGUUGAAGAUAAGGUUAAGGUUGUGAAUGAUGACUUCGAGCAAAAAGCUCUCAAAGAUACUGCACUAUGUCCUCAUGACGAUGAACACAGAAAGGUUGGUCAAGGGAUUCAAAGCAACAUCACAUUUGAGCAAAAAUCAUUUGCUGUAACCAUGAAAUUUGAUUCCACGGAUACCAAUGAGAAGCCAGUGAUGACCUCUUCUGUUACGAGUCACCACUCUGCUGCAGUAUUAAAUGACGUCAAAUCUGAAAAACCCGAAGGUGUUGCUGUCUGUGGCCUUGCAUGUCAGGCAGGAAAUAGGAUAUUGGUAAAAGAGAGUGCUCCUUCUUCUGCACCUGUGAAAGAAGGUGAACCUGUUGUGUGUUGUGCUGAUGUAGAUCAGGACAGGAACUGCCAGGAUCAAAAUUCCGAAAAGAAAGAAUCUUCUGUUCACCAGUCUGGCAGUUCUGCUACACAAGUAAGCAGUACUGAUGUUGCUCUGUCGAAAGCAGAAUUACGUCAAAAUGAAGAAGAAAUUAAGUUAACUGCAAGAGAAGACGGGAGUAAAGAGAAUGGAGCCACAACAGAAGAUGUUUCUACGCAACCUGCUUCAGGAGUUCCAGAUGUGGAUACAAAGCUUGGAUUUGAUUUGAAUGAAGGCUUUGAUGAUGAUGAGGGGAAGAAUAGUGAGCCUGCUAACUUUGAUUCUUGUCCUUGUCCAGAUAUUGUUUGUUCAGUGAGCCCCUUGCAAAUCCCUGUAUCCUCUGCAUCAUGUGGUCCUCCAUCAUCAGUUACAGUGGCUGCUGCAGCUAAGGGCCCCUUCGUUCCUCCUGAUGACUUGCUUUGGAAUAAACGGGAACUUGGAUGGAAAGGUUCAGCAGCCACAAGUGCAUUCCGUCCAGCUGAGCCCAGAAAAUCCCUUGUUCCUGAUGCCCCUGCUUACAGACCAGCUCGGUUUCCUUUGGAUAUUGACCUUAAUGUAGCAGACGAAAGUUCUCUCCAGGAGUUCAAUGUUAGGAAUACUCCUGUAUGUGAACUUAUGACUACUGCAUCAUUGCGUAACUCUGGAGGACUUAACCUUGAUCUUAAUAAAGUUGAUGAAGAUUCAGACAUGACCCAAGUGGGACGAUACAUGGCUAGCAACAUUCAGAGAUUUGAAGUCUCGACUCAGCAUGCAAAACCAUCGACAUCCAGUGUGUAUUCUAAUGGUGCAGGAAGUGGUAAGAGGGAUUUUGAUUUGAAUGACGGGCCUGCGACCGAGGAAUUACCUUUUGAACAAAUUCCAACUCGUCAAUUUAACAGUGGGAACUUGCCUUUCCAACCCCCUUUUGGGCCUAGAAUAAAUACCUCGGAUACUGGGAACUGCUUUUCUUGGUAUCCUCCCGGAGCCAGUUACUCAGUAAGUAUGACACCAUCAGUUUUACCUGAUAGAGAAGCUUGUUCAAUUGUUGGGAUAGGUGGUGGUCAUCAGCGUGUUGUGGGUGGUCCGACCAAAGCUUUGUCAUUUAAUCCCGAUUCCUACAAUGGAUCAGUAUUAUCAUCUUCUCCUGCUUUGCCUUUUCACCCGUCCUCUUUUCAAUAUCCAGUCUUGCCAUUUGGGACCAGUUUUUCUCUCCCUACUUCUGCUUUGUCCGGUGGGUCAUCAGGAUUCAUGGACCCAACUGCUGGUGGGCGGAUUUCUGCCAUCCCUUCUCAGUUGGUUGGAAAUCCAGCAGCAGUUUCCUUUCAGUAUCCCCAUGCAUAUGUUGUUUCUCACCCUUUUCCAGAUGCUGGUAAUAACAGUGUAAUUGGGAGUAAUCAUAAAUGGGGAAAACAAGGUCUAGAUCUUAAUUCUGGCCCAGGAGUUUUGGACGUGGAACGAAGAGAUGAGUCACUGCCAAUUGUUUCUAGGCAGGGCUCCAGCAUUAAUUCACACUCCCUUGCAGACGAGCAAGCAAGGAUGUAUAGUAUGGGAGGCGGCAAUAUGAAAAGGAAGGAGCCUGAGGGAGGAUGGAAUAUAGAUAAGCUUAACUUCAAGCACUCGUCAUGGCGAUAGAAUGACAUGAUGUUACCCUAUAGUGACCCUUGAAAAAUGGAAGUUGGUUUAGCUAUUUUGUAGAAGAUGGACCCAGGCUAACUACCAAGAAGUCAUCAUCUAACUCUCUGUCAUAAAAAGGAUGGGUGAUGUGUUCUUCUAUCGACUAUCGAGUAGUGAUGAAGCUCAUGUGUAGUUGCAGGAGUCUGGCCAGUAACAGCUAUAGAUAAUGCAUUUUCUUUUAUUGUAAUGCCCGUGUACAUGGACAUGGGAUGGAGGUGCGAUGUUGACAGUUGACACCUUGUAGGCUAGGCAAGGGCUUCAUUUAGUCUAGUUUGACAUCUCUUGCUCAAAUACAUGAAGACCACUCCCCUCCCUCCCUUUCCCUUUCCCUUUCCCUUUCCCUUUCCCUCCUCUCCCUGCAGUAUAGUAUGUUAGUAACUGAUGCACAAGCUUUUUAGUAUCAUGUAGUAAAGUAUGAGAGCACAUUCUCUUAUUGGUGUGUGUGUCUGAUUGUAAUGAAGAUAGUUAAACAGUUAGCUAGUCCAAGUGUUUAGAUGGUGACUCAAAUUAGAGUAUCUAACAGAAGAGUACAGAUCGACCAAGGAAGCACCCGCGUCUACUUGUAUUUAUAAUUUGUUCUCUUCAAAAUCCU